AAGUCUUUUGAAAUAACUGCACAAUGGGUUUACACGUAUUUUGGCCAGCCAGUGCUUGUUUAACGCUUUUUGUAGUUUGUGUUAUAAUGGUACUUCUCAAAUAUGGGCCACGUAUUUGUAAAGUACGUCAUGAAUCUCUUCCCUCUGAUCAAGAAUGGGAGGGAAAAACCUAUUCUCGUAAGCUUUCUAUUUCUUUAGCAUAACUUGUCAUAUUUUAAAUAUAUUUAA